CUCGUCCUCCUGGCUGCCCGCGUUCGGCCCAGUCAGCUCACAGCCGUCGCCAUGCUGCCCGUCGCAGUCCUGCGCCGUCCUGGCCUGCGCUGCCUCGUCCGCCAGGCCCGCGCCUAUGCCGAGGCUGCCGCUGCGCCGGCCCCGGCUGCGGGCCCCGGCCAGAUGUCCUUCACCUUCGCCUCACCCACGCAGGUGUUUUUCAAUGGCGCCAACGUCCGGCAAGUAGACGUUCCCACGCAGACAGGAGCCUUUGGCAUCCUGGCGGCCCACGUACCCACCCUGCAGGUCCUGCGGCCAGGGCUGGUGGUUGUCCACGCGGAGGAUGGCACCACCUCCAAAUACUUCGUGAGUAGUGGCUCUGUCACAGUGAACGCUGAUUCCUCGGUGCAGUUGUUGGCCGAAGAAGCCGUGACCCUGGACAUGCUGGACGUGGGGGCAGCCAGGAUGAACUUGGAGAAGGCGCAGGCGGAGCUGUCAGGGGCAGCCGACGAAGCCUCCAGGGCAGAGAUCCAAAUCCGCAUCGAAGCCAACGAGGCCCUGGUGAAAGCUCUAGAGUAGGCGGUGCGUGGUCCUUGCCAGCAGGGAAACUGAGGCCCAGGACUGCACCGGGGAUGUCCCAGGCAGGCUAAACCAGCUCCCGUGGGUCCAGUCGGACGGGGGUGGGAGGAUGGGGAGAGCAGGGCCGCAGGCCCCCUGGGGGAUUCUUGGGUGGAAGGAGGCUGCUUGGCAAGAGGCCACCAGGGGGCAGCACAUCGCUUGCUCCUGCCGAGCGCGCUCUCACAGCUCCUAGCAAGGGGGGGCUCGCCGAGACCUUGCUCUGCUUCUCGCCUUCCAACCACUCGUGCCCCUCCCCCAGCCCGAUGUGCCACCACGUCCCCUCUGACCCCGCAGACCCUGCCGCAGGGACUUCAUUCGGCUUCUAGCCCUCUCCGUGGCAUGGCCUGCCCCCAGCCUGAGCCCCCCAUUAAAAGCCAGGGACGCCA